GGUGUAUUAUCCAAGACUCUGAUCGGAGAGCCACUGAACGGUAUGGUGACCAAGGACCUGUCACGGUUAAAGGCUCUGCUUGCUGAGAUCGAGAAUGUCACCAACUCCGUUCGUUCGGGUUUUCACACGGAGGAUUUGGAAGACGGUACACAGGAUGGAUGGCAGUUCAGACCUCCCCCCCGGGGUGUCACCAGCAGUGAGGAGUACACACUGUGCAAAAGGUUCUUAGAACAGGGGAUCUGCCGGUAUGGAGCGCAGUGCACCUCAGCGCACUCACAGGAGGAGCUGGAGGAAUGGCAGAAGCGAUAUGCCUCGCGCCUCAUCCGUCUCAAGCAACAGAAGGAAAACACACAAUGUUCAGGGAGCUACAUGGAGUCCCUGAUCGAGAAGUGGAUGAAUUCCCUCUCGCCAGAGAGAGUGCUCAGUGAGUGUGUGGAGGGCGUACACGUGGAUUACAGUCCUGAGCUCUCUGUUACCGUUACCACCAAAAAAUCUCAGCAGACGUGGACGUUUCUCCUGACGUGUAAGCCGGCGAGGACGCUUCAGCGCGUGGCUCUGCUGUACGACGCUCACAGACCUCAUUUUAGUAUUGUGGCAAUAUCCGCUGGAGACGGCAAUAGUCAGGUGCCCCAGGAGGUGCCCGAGAGCUGCCAGGAGUGGGUCGGCGAGAAGAUGUCGCAGAACGGCAUGGACCAUUGCUUGUACAAAGUCGUGAUCACCUUUACCACAGAGAUAUUCGGCACUUUCCGCCAGACUGUAGUGUUUGACUUUGGUGUAGAGCCGGUUCUGAUGCAGAGGAUUAUGGUGGACGCGGCUUCAACUGAAGAUCUUGAAUACUUGAUGCACGCCCGUCAGCAGCUGCUAACGACCGCGAAGCGCUGGGACUCCAUGUCUAAGACCAUUGUGGAGUUCGAUCCCAACGAGACUACUGAACUAGAGCGCAGCCUCCUCAGCCGAUACCAAAUCCCGCUCUCCGCCGACCAGCUGUUUACACAGUCCGUGCUGGACAAGUCGCUGACCAGGACCAACUACCAGUCCCGCCUGCACGACCUGCUUUACAUUGAAGAGAUUGCACAGUACAAGGAAGUCAGCAAGUUUAACAUCAAGGUCCAGCUGCAGCUAGUGGCGAGCUUCAUGCUGACGGGUGUUUCCGGAGGAGCCAAAUACGCCCAGAACGGGCAGCUUUUCGGUCGCUUUAAACUCACUGAGACACUUUCAGAGGACACGCUCGCCGGCAGACUCGUGAUGACCAAAGUCAACGCCGUGUAUCUGCUGCCCGUCUCGAAGGAGAAGUCCGCACAGAGCCAAGGGAGCAAAGAGAAGGUGUACGAAGCGGUCAUCGAGGAGAAGACCAAGGACUACAUCUUCUUAAGAAUAUGCAAGGAUUGCUGCGAAGAGCUGCGGCUCCGGUCCGACCGGGAGAUGCAGGUUGAGCUCCAGUUCCAGCUGAACCGGCUGCCUCUGUGUGAAAUGCACUACGCCUUAGACAGGAUACGGGAUAACGGCAUUCUCUUUCCGGAUCUGAGCGCAACGCCCCCGAUACCCUGGAGCCCCAACAGACAGUGGGACGAGCUCUUAGAUCCCCGGCUGAACGCUAAGCAGAAAGAAGCCAUCUUGGCGAUCACUACCCCCCUCUCCGUUCAGCUGCCCCCUAUCCUCAUCAUCGGCCCUUAUGGUACCGGCAAGACGUUCACCCUGGCCCAGGCUGUGAAGCACAUCCUAAAACAGCAGGAUACCAGGGUCCUGAUUUGCACCCACUCUAACAGCGCCGCUGACCUCUACAUCAAGGAUUAUUUACAUCCAUACGUGGAAACAGGGAACCCGCAGGCCCGUCCGCUCAGGGUAUACUUCAGAAAUCGCUGGGUGAAGACGGUGCACCCGGUCGUACACCAGUACUGUCUGAUCUCCAGCACACAUGCCACCUUCCAGAUGCCCCAGAAAGAAGACAUAGUGCGGCACAGGGUGGUGGUGGUGACGCUCAGCACAUCGCAGUACCUCUGCCAGCUGGAUCUGGAGCCCGGCUUUUUUACCCACAUCCUGUUGGAUGAAGCAGCACAAGCCAUGGAAUGUGAAACCAUCAUGCCUCUGGCCCUGGCCAAUAAGAGCACGCGGAUCGUUCUGGCCGGAGAUCACAUGCAGCUCAGUCCGUUCGUAUACAGCGAGUUCGCCAGAGAGCGUAACCUCCACGUGUCGCUGUUAGACCGCCUGUAUGAACAUUACCCCGCCGACUUCCCGUGUAGGAUCCUGCUGUGCGAGAAUUACCGAUCCCACGAGGCCAUCAUCAAUUACACGUCGGAGCUCUUCUAUGAGGGGAAGUUGAUGGCCAGCGGCAAGCAGCCGGCCCACAAGGACUUCUACCCCCUGACCUUCUUCACCGCUCGAGGGGAGGACGUCCAGGAGAAGAACAGCACGGCCUUCUACAACAACGCAGAGGUAUUUGAGGUGGUGGAGCGCGUGGAGGAGCUGAGGAGGAAGUGGCCAGUGGCCUGGGGCAAGCUGGACGACGGCAGUAUUGGGGUGGUGACCCCCUAUGCCGACCAGGUGUUCCGGAUCCGGGCCGAACUGCGGAAGAAGCGGCUUUCGGAAGUCAGUGUGGAGAGGGUGCUCAACGUUCAGGGUAAGCAGUUCCGCGUCCUGUUCCUCAGCACGGUCCGCACCCGCCACACCUGCAAACACAAGCAGACCCCCAUCAAACGCAAGGAGCAGCUCCUGGAGGACUCCACCGAGGACCUGGACUAUGGCUUCCUCUCCAAUUAUAAGCUCCUGAACACGGCCAUCACCCGGGCCCAGUCCCUGGUGGCGGUGGUGGGCGACCCCAUCGCUCUGUGCUCCAUCGGGAGAUGCAGGAAGUUCUGGGAGCAGUUCCUCACGAUUUGUCAUGAGAAUCGCAGUCUUCACGGCAUCACAUUCGAGCAGAUCAAGUCCCAGCUGGAGGCCUUAGAGCUGAAGAAGACCUACGUGCUGAACCCGCUGGCGCCAGAGUUCAUCCCGCGGGCGCUCCGGCAGCAGCAGGCAGCAAACGCCGCCAAACAGCAGCAGUCACCGCCAAAGGGCAAAGGUCAUCACAAUCAGAGCGAGCACUUUCAAGGGGAUGGAAUGGUUCAGCCCAAUCCUUCUGUCCUGAUCGGCAAUCCCAUCCGGGCGUACACCCCACCCAUGGGUGCUCACACCAACCUGGGCAAAUCCCCCAGCCCCGUGCAGAGGAUAGACCCCCACACCGGCACCAGUAUUCUCUACGUACCUGCCGUCUACGGGGGCAAUAUGGUCAUGUCCGUGCCUUUACCUGUCCCGUGGCCCCCCAACUACCAGGGUCGGUUUUCCGUGGACCCCCGCCUCAUGACGCACCCGGCCAUGGCCUAUAACAUGAACCUCCUCCAGGGCCACGGUCGCGGAUCUCCCAUCCCGUUCGGCCUCGGCCACCACUCACCGGUCAACGUCGGGCAGCAGGUUCCGCACACGGACAAAGAUCAGCACGAGCUCAGCCGCAAUGGUAAAAGCGAGAACAAUCCGUCAGCCGACAUGAAUAAGCUGCGCACCCCUGAGAAGAAACCGCUGGACUGCAAACCGGUGGACUUGGACCCAAACACACAAACGAGAAGCCCAGAGUCUCGAGCCAACCUCGCCUUCCCCAACCCCAAAUAUCACCGCAAAGAUAAUCCGCCCCAGAGGCCGAUGAACAUCCACCUGACCCCCCCGCACCCGCAGUACCCCAUGCCCAGCCGCCACUUCCCACACGUCUCCCCCUUACAGCGGCCGCAGUUUCCCCUACAGCAGCAGAACCUUCUGUCCCAACAGCAGAACCAUCUCCCAGAACUGCAGAACCAGAUCCCUCCUCCCCCGCAGGGACCCGUUGUCCCGCAGCAAAACCAUUUAAUGCAGCAGCCGCCCCCGCAGGCUUCCCAGCUGUCCCCUGCUUUCCAGCCCAAUCAGUCCUUCUUUAAUAACCCCAUUCCUCACCGCCCCCCAUCGCCCGGCGUGGACGGCAUGAUCCCGGAGCAGCCGCCACCGACCAUAAUGCAGGACGUCAAUAACCCGCUCCGCUCUGUGGCCCAUAACAAUCAGCUGAUGUCAUCGCACCUCAACAGCUACAUGGAGGACGGGCCUCCAGCCAUGAGCGCAGGCGAGGCUCUAGAUCGUCUGCACAGUAACGUGGCGCUGGAGACGCUGAGGCAGCAGCAGACGAGGAUACAGCAGUGGAACGAGCAUAACGCCUUCCUGAGCCAAGCCAACCUCACAUACCCGCACCACCCCCAUCUACAAGCAAUGGGUCUGGCCCAGCAGCAGCUCAUCAGGCCUAACUGGAAGAUCCCAAACAGCGGAGAGGAGGAGCCUGAGAUCACAUAUUCCAGGUUCCAGGAGUUUCUUCGGGAACUUUCUCAACACGAGCAGAGUGGUGAUCAUCGAGACCUCACAGAGAUGCCUCCUCCUCAGUCCAGACUGUUACAGUACCGACAGGUCCAGCCCCGGAGCCCACCAGCACUCGCCUCCCCCUCCUCCGGCCACAGCGGCCACUUCCCCAGCUUCAGCGAAAACAGCCGAGGAGACAUGGACAUGAGCAACAAUCCCACCUUCCCAGCGCACAUGGCCAACGUGUACAGCAGCCCCUACACCAUGCCAUCGGAACACAUGACGCCCCCUCCACCAAUGAAAUACCUGCAACACGACGGCUCCUGGGCCUACGCCAACCUUCAGCAGAAUCCUCUAAUGGGGCAGGGAUUUCAUUACGGUAUGCCCCCUCUACAGCACAGACCACCACAAAACCCGUUCAUCCAUGUACAGAACCACCAGCCCCCAGCUGGUCAGGAAACAUUUCACCCAGCCGCGCCCCGCGCCGUCUCCGCCUCUUCACUCCACAAUCUAGAAGAGUAUGAACCUAGAGGACCCGGCAGGCCGCUAUACCAAAGAAGAAUCUCGGCUAGCUCGGCGCACCCCGGUUCGGAAGAAUUAGCCGCUUGUCAAGAACCCCUCGGUCAAUGUAAAGAAAUUCAAGACCCCAACAAACCCCCAUCAUAUAAUUAUUCAUCUCCCGAACUCUGGGUCAACGCAGCAUCGUCAGUCCCGUACCAGAACAUUCCGUGCAACGGCGCCAACCCAUCCGGACCGCCCCGGGACAUGUUAGUUGCUCCCCAGAAAAUGGUGAAGCCCCCUGACGAGCAUCUCAAAGCGGAGAACCUGCAGAUGUCCAGCUCCUUCAAUUACAACGUCCUGCAGCAUCUGGGCCAGUUCCCCCCUCUCAUGUCCAACAAGCAGAAUGCAGAACCCAACGGAACCGCAGCCGCCCAACAGAACGCGGGCGCCAACAAGCCCACCAUGUCUUACGCUAGCGCCCUGCGGGCUCCGCCUAAGCCCAAACCCCCACCCGAACAGGCAAAAAAGAAUAGCGACCCCCUGUCUUUAUUUCAGGAACUUAGCUUAGGGAGUUCAUCAGGUAACAACGGCUUCUAUUCCUAUUUUAAGUAGACCCCCCCCCCCCCCCUCACUUUUUGCCUUUUGUGUUUUUUGUAUACAAUUUUUUUUUUGUCAUUUUGUAGAAAUAUUUUAGUUUUGGUUAAUGAGUGACCUAUAGCCUCACUGUCAUUUUAAGCAUUUUUGUUUUUUUCUUUUUUUUCUUGUAUGUGUGCAUAAAAAAAGAAAACGUGUUUUGCGUCGCCGUUUGUGUAUCUACAAGGAAUUAUGCACACGUAAUUUACGGCUCACGGCCUACUGAUCUCUGCUGCCAUUUUAAAAAUAUCUACUUUACUCAAUAUUGAGUUUUUAAUCAUUUAAAAAAAAAAAAAAAUCUGACAAACAUUGAGGCGAGUUGUCCGCAGAACUGCUGCUGCUGGCUCUGAUCUCCCAUUGCUGUAGCUAAAGGAAAUUUUACGUAGGCGCAAGAACGGCGACGCAAAUGCACAUAAAAAAAAUAAUAAUAUAACAAUGAUGUGUGAAUGUAUAUUGUACCCAGUAUACAUCCACUGGUAACAGUUUGUAGCUUUGCAGAAAUCUGCAACAACUGUUACAGAGAGGAAAAUCCCAAAAAAUAAAUAAAAAAAAGUUUUUUUCCCCCCCCGCCUUUUACCGUGGGCGAGGCUUAUGACCGUUUUACGUAACCCUUUUUUUUAACGUGUCAUAAAUGUUGCAUUACAGUUAGCAGCUUCGGCAAUAUAUCUUUAAGAAAAAAUAAAAUUACAGAAAUUAAAAAGUUAAAAAAAAAAAAGAAAAAUUAAGAGAAAAAAAUAUUAAAAUUUUGUCAAAGUUGUAUUUAAAGAGAAAAAAAAUGUAAGUAGUCUUUACAGUUAUUCAGUUGACGUCGGCAUCCAAUACUGGGUUUCUGUAGCAGAAAUAACCAGUCCAUGUAAAAAUUGUAUCUUAUUACAUUCACUUUUUUUCUCUAUGGCUUGUAUUUUAAUUUUUCUUUUUCCUCUUUUUAUUUUUCUUUUAAUUUUUUUUUUUUUUAGCUUAACCAUGAAAAUCCACUUUUUUAUUUUUUUUUGCUUUGGUUUUAGCUGUGUUUUUUCUGAUGCUGUAAAAAAAAAAAAAAAUUAUUGAACAGUCUUCAGACUUUAAGUUUUAAUUGUAUUUUAUCUUUUUCUGUCUUGGGGACCCUGAUAAGCAAUUACUACUACAAAGAUUUCAGUGUGAAUGUAUAUAUAUAAAAAAAAACACGUCACACCACGUAGAGCUUCUGCGGCCAUUUACUCAAUUUCGUUGGGUAUUAAAAUGUCUGUUUUUGAGGCGGCUGGCGCAGUGGGCGGAGCUCCACAUUGUGAUGAGCUGCGCGCUUGUAAGCUGUGGAAGCUUUUUUUUUUUUUUUCCCCUCAUUUAAAAUGGUACCAACCAAAAUGCUGCAUUGAAAUUUUUGUAUGACUAAUUGUUACAAUUGGAUCGGGGGAAAAAUACAUUUUUUGGAGGGGAGGCCUAAUAAAUCUUUUUUUUUUUGGCAGUAGCAUGUACUUUGCUUGUACACAAUCAUUGGAUGCAAAGUAUAUAAAACACAAAAAAAAAAAUCAAAAUCCAAAAAGUUUUGUAGAUUUUUUUUUUUUAUACUAUUUGAUUUUUAUUUGAUUUUUUCCUUUUAUGAUUUUAUUUUUUUCUAUAUUCUUAGCUUGGGUUUGUUACACUCUACAGAUACCUCUGCGAGGCAAUACACAGGCGUACGACACUGCUUUACAGUACGGAAUAAUGUGUCCACAUUUUAAAUGUGCGAAAACAGGAACAAAAAAAAGUGCAAAAGUAUAAAUAUAAAAAAAAAUAUAUAAUAAUCAAAUAAAAUGAUUCUACUUUACAAUAAAGAGACGAGAUCCGUUCUGCAGUUUGUUUUCUGGCUGGCAGCGUCAGACGUGUAGCUUUGUUGGUUGCAUUUGUUAGAUUUUUAUUUUUUCUAUUUUAUUUUUUUUUUGUAACCGGAUCAUUAAAGACGAGAAUCCAGUUUUUAGCUCUGUCGGUGCUCAGUAGAUUUAAUAACUAUUUUACAAAGAGACGACUGUGUGGAUUUGGUAAAGAAUUCUUGUUUCUUUUCACUAUGCAUGCGUAAAUGUUUGUAAUCCGGCUUUAACCUCCUCCUCCUCUUCAGUGAUAUUGGGAAAAGAAAAAAAAAAAAAGAUAUUAAAAAAAAAUUAAGAAAAAACACCAAAAAAAUUAAGAAAUUUCUUGUUGCGCUUCAGUUUUUUUCUUUUUUUUCCCUACACAUUUUAGUACAUUAUUUGAUGUUUACAUUAAAAUGUGACAUUAUUCAAGAAA